GUUUGUUGACAAAAUAUCAUAGUCUACUUGAUCUUAUUAGGUGAUGUUAUAGAUGCUGUUUCAUUAAUACUUUCAAGUUGUUUAUCGCUUUUCACCUGAAGAAUUUAUUUGAUCCAUAUUAAAAUAUCCGUUUCAACUAAGUUUUUGCUAUGAACAUUGCCGUUUGUUCAGUAAGACAGUUUUGUUCGUCUUCAACAUGCUUUAAAAAAGUGCCCGAUCGGCUAAAGGGCCGCAGUAAAAGUUCUCAAGAAUGGCUAACUCGGCAAAUGAAUGACGAGUAUGUUCUUAAAGCCAAAAUGGAAAAUUAUAGAGCUAGAAGUGCCUUUAAAUUGAUUGAAAUUGAUGACAAACACAAAUUCCUUAAACCUGGAGAUGUGGUUGUGGAAUGUGGCGCUGCACCUGGUGCUUGGACACAAGUAUGUGUAAAACGAAUUAAUGCAACAGGAAAAGUGUCUUCUCAGCUUAAAGGAAAGCAUGUAGCAGUUGAUCUUCAACCAAUGUACCCAAUUGAAGGAGCUGUAAUCUUGGCUCCAUUAGAUUUCACAAAAAGUUUGUCCCAGACCAGAAUAACAGAAAUACUUGGUGGGCAACUUGCUAAUGCAGUCCUAAGUGAUAUGGCUCCUGCAGCAUCGGGUAUACGAGAUUUGGAUCAAGAUAGGAUAUUAGAAUUAGCAUAUUCAGUACUGCGUUACGCGCAACAAAUCUCUAUGGAUGGAGCUACGCUAUUGAUAAAAUUGUGGGCAGGAGGAAGAAUUAAACAACUGGAGAAUGAGAUUGCAUUACACUAUUCUCAAGUCAAAGUUGUGAAACCACCUAGUAGUAGACAGGAUUCAGCUGAAAUGUUUAUACUAGCUAGUAAUUUCAAGAAAAAUACAUAGUAAUUAUUUAACUA